UCUUCUCCAUUUCUCCCUUAACCCAAAUUCCCUCUUUCACCAUUUUUACUCUCUUAAACUCUCUUCUCUAUACAUCGCCAUUUGCUGCUGCAACGAAAGAUAAAAAUGUCGUCUAGCAAAAGGCGGCGUGAAGAUUUUUCGGCCGAAACGCCGAGAAAGAGGCCAUCUAGGGUUCUAAGAAUCCAACUUGAUUCAGAUGAAGAAGAAGUUGGUGAUAAUGUAGAAAAGAUUUUUCAUUUUCGGGUUCUUUUGCCUAAUGGCAUAACAUUGGAGUUGCAAGUACCUGGACCACCAAAUAAUAUGCCUGUUCAGGACUUUGUUAUUUUAUUGAGGCGAGAAUACCAAAAUUACGAGCGAAGAACAGAGUCAUCACCUAAGCCCAAAAGAGAGAUUAGUUGGACUAGCAAGAAUUUGCAUUUUGUAGAUGCUUUUGAGAACAAGAUAACAAAGAUGUUCGAUUUCAGAAAGCUUAAACCAAACGAGUCUCAUAUGUUAAGGCUCCUUGAUGGUUCAGCUGCAGUAGAUAAAUAUGAGAAUAUGUGGGAUCUUACACCAGAUACUGAUUUGUUGAAGGAACUGCCUGAAGAGUAUACGUUUGAAACCGCACUGGCAGAUUUGAUUGAUAACUCAUUGCAGGCUGUAUGGUCUAAUCAUGCAGACCAGAGAAGAUUAAUAAGUGUAGAAUUAACUGAGUACAAGAUUACAAUAUUUGACACAGGCCCUGGAAUGGAUGGAAGCGCUGAAAACUCAAUAGUAAAGUGGGGGAAGAUGGGAGCUUCUCUACACAGACUAUCGAAAGACAAAGGCAGAGGAGGGAAGCCUCCAUACUUAACGCCUUGCUUUGGCAUGUUUGGUUAUGGAGGACCAAUUGCCUCUAUGCAUUUGGGGAGACGAACCACGGUUUCUUCAAAGACAAACAAUUCUAAGAAAGUUUUUGUAUUACAUCUCGAGAGAGAUUCUCUACUCCGUUCUUCUUCUCAACAAACUUGGAGGACCGACGGAAAUGUUAGAAAUCCCUUGGAAGAUGAACCUCGAGACUCCAGCUUUACUAAAGUUGAAAUUUUUCAUCCAAGAAUGAGAAGCAAGAAUAUAGAGCAGCUAAAAUACCAACUGAAAGACAUAUACUUCCCAUAUAUUCAGUGCGAUGAAGUAUCAAGUACAGGGAAGACCACGAUGCCUAUUGAGUUUCAGGUCAAUGGCACGAAUUUAGCUGAAAUUGAAGGUGGAGAGGUGGCAACGACAAACUUAAAGUCCUGCCAUGGUCGUGAGUUUGUCAUGCAACUUAGCUUUCAUGCAAAGGAUAGCAAUGAUUUAAAUGUUGGUUCAGGAAAAAAAUCAUCCCUCGAAGCACAUGCUCGCCUGAGGUGUGUUUAUUUUCCGGUGGUGCAGGGUAAAGAGAGUAUUGAGAUGAUAUUGGAAAAGCUCGAGGCAGAUGGCUAUGGAGUUACAGAGAAUUUUGAAAGUUUCAGUCAUGUCUCUGUCCGCCGUUUAGGUCGUCUACUUCCAGAUGCUCGAUGGUCUUGGCUUCCCUUCAUGGAACCAAAGCUAAGAAAGAGUGAUAGGGCUGAUGUCCUGAGGAGAUGCUGCUUUAGGGUAAAGUGCUUCAUAGAGACUGAUGCUGGUUUCAACCCAACACCAUCAAAGACUGACUUAGCACAUCACCAUCCUUUCACCAUUGCAUUAAGGAACUUUGGCAACAAGCCUUUAGAUAAAGAAAAUGAUGUUAUCGUUGAGGUAUCCCAAGAUGGAAAAAAGUUGUCUCUCUUGCAAUUGGAGAAGCUAUAUCAGGACUGGAUGCUUCAGAUGCAUGAUCUCUGUGAUGGGGAGAUUGACAGUGGAGAGGAUCAACCUACUUUUGUCCUCAACCCUUCACAUAAGAAAGAGCUUGGUGUUACUUCAGAUGUUCUGAGAAUUCAUAAGGUUUUUCGGAGGAAAGGCAUAACUUGGAAAUCAGGACAGAAGAUUAAAAUUUUGAAGGGAGCUUAUAGGGGUUUCCAUAAAAACCACGUUUUCGCCACUUUGGAAUAUAUUAUCCUUGAAGGAUUGCCGGGGGAAUCAGGCGGUGACCCUCGAAUCAUUUGCAGGCCAUUAAAUGUCCCUGCUGAGAGAGGUUGUAGUGUCACAUGUGAGAAAGGGCGUGCUAGCAUUGAAAUCCGCGAUUCAAAAUCUUUGCCGAUUAGUGUUAUUGAUGCUGUAAAGUGCUUACCUGUUGAUAAUCCAGAAUGGGAGAGCCAAAUUUUGAAACACCAGGAGAAAACCACUCCAUCAUCAAUUGACAUAUUGGAUGCCGAGCAAUGUCGAGACUUGGAUAUUGAGGGGGUGCUACCUCAGGAUGUUGUUGAUGCUGGACAUGAACCUCCGGAUGAGAUUGCUGCAGUUAUUCGUCCAGCCUCUUUCCGUGUUACCGCAUCCAAAAGUUUGGAUCAGAAAUGCAUUAUGAAAGAAAAUUUUGAGAUGACUCUAGAGAUCAAAUUUAAAACAGAUGCGAAUGAGAAAGAAUGUCAUAUUUACUCUGGGCAAUUGACUCCUUCAUCGCUUAAAGGAUUUCAUGGUCUAUAUAUGUUCCCACUGAAGAAGAACUUACCAGAUCUAUUUCAGAAAGCAGGCAUUUAUCUAUUUCGAUUUUCUCUUAUGGAAAGUCAUACAAUUUCUGUUAAGAAAGUGCAUGUGAAAGCAUUGUCUGAGGCUGCUAGUUGGGAACUUGUAAGUGAUGGGGAGAGUAUGCUCAGUGUAAGGGUUGGUUCUUGUUUUCCAGAGGUUUUGAGUGUUGCAUGUUGUGAUAAAUUCUCCAACAAUAUACCAUUCAAAUCAGACGUGGAGAUAGAGAUGAAGUUAAGCUCUAGCGGCAGAGCUAUUUCAUCCGAAUUCUAUUAUGAUCAAUGCAUUACACGUGAUAGAUGUACCAUGAAGUUUAAGAGUGUAACCAUUGAAAGUAGUGAAUUGGAUAUGAUUCGACCAAGUUAUAAAGCUACAUUACAUAUAUAUUCAAAGGAGGAUCCAUUAUUUGUAGCUAUUCCAUGUGCAGUUAUUCCAGGACCUUUGCAACGUGUCCUUCUGCAUCCUGUAGAUUUCGGCAAGAAAUUGGUUCCUGGGAUGAUAAUUAAGGAGCUUGCUCUUGAGACAUUUGACAAAUAUGGUAACCAUUUGAGAAAAGAUGAGCAAAUCAAGUUGACGCUGGACGGAAUUCAUUUACUAGACAAAGGAGAUUCUUUUCCUAAGGUCGAUGAUCAUGGAUUUGUAACCCUUAGUGAAACCUUGAAGGUAACAGCAGGAUAUGGUAAACCUGUUUCCCUUUCUGUUUUGUCUGGAGAUGAAGUAGUUUUCAAGAAGGAGUUCCAAACUGAGAGGAGAUCGUUGCGAUUGGCAUCGAAGGUACCUGAAGUUUGUCCUGCUGGUUCUCAUCUGGAAGAUGUUGUCUUUGAGGUUAUAAAUUCUGCUGGUGAAGUGGAUGAAGAUAUCGAUGGUGAAGAGGAAGAUGGACGCUCCCAUACCCUUCUGAUAAGGCAGGAUUCAUCGAGGGAAGAAGACAACGUGAGAUACAGCUUCCUUCGUGGACGCUGCAUCGUCCGCUCCAUUCCUCUUCCAAGCAACGGAGGGCUUUUCCGCUUUGUAGCCAGUCACUCUCGUUUCCACGAGCUGCAGACAUGCAUAGAGGUGCAUGUCGAGAAAGCAGUAAUCAGCACACAUGAAGUAACCCAACCAAGAAGUCCAAAGAAAGAGAUUCUGCUUCUUGAGGAUUCAUGUUCCUUAAAAGGCCCAGAAACGGUGUAUGAUAACCCCUAUGACAGAAGUAUAAUGCUCUUCAAGGAUUCAUGUGCUUCCAUGGAUCUGGAGAACAGACAACAAAAACUUGGGGAUGAUAUUUGCAGAUAUGCCCUACACAUCAGAGAAUGUGAAGAAAAUUUGGAGUCACUUAAUAUGGAGGAAUCAAAUAUUGAGCUUGAGAUGUCCAAUUUGGGAGCUUAUAUCGGUCUCGAUUCUUUUCAUGACUUGGGCUAUGAUAAAGACGUGGUUGUGGAAAAGAUUGAAGGGAAGGUGGACAGUGCAGCUGCUGUUAUCCACAGGCUGCUCAGAUCACCACAAUCUGGACAGCAAUAUCUCAAAUAUGCUCAUGACAUACUUGGCGCGGUUGCACUUCUUGGAGAGGUUCGGACCCAUAAGCUUAGCAGCAUUCUUUCAACCUUUCUUGGAGAAGAUCAGAUGCUUGCUGUGGUAUGCAAAUCCCAUGCAGCUGCCAGAUCUUUCGAAAAUUAUCAAAUGGAUGGAACUGUGAAUUGUGUCAGUGCUCUUGACAUAUUAGCAGCUAAGCUUGGAACUUCCAUCAAGGGUCGAUGUUCAAUUAUAUGCCUCGAUGAUAUAAGACCGUAUACGCGAGGAGUUGGACGAUAUCCUCAAAGAGAACUAGCUUUUCCUCCCCCUACUUCAUUAAACGGAAAAACUCCACCAGGCUUUUUGGGUUAUGCGGUUAAUAUGAUAUUCACUCCUGCUGAACAUUUGCAGUUUAGAACUGCUUCAGGUCAUGAUCUCCGGGAGACAUUAUUUUAUCUUUUGCUCGGUAAGCUUCAGGUCUACCAGUCUAGAGAGUACCUUUACAUGGCACGUUCCUGCAUAGAAGAUGGUGCCGUUUCCUUGGAUGGUGGAAUGAUAAGAGGAAAUGGAGUUGUAUCUAUUGGAUCUGAGGAACCAAACAUUCUAUUUCCAGUCAACAGUCUGGAAAGGCAGUUGCCCCUUUCACAUGAUAAAGUGGAAAGAUUGAAGAGAAUGGAAGAGUUGAAGCUGGAACUAAAACAAAGACAAGAACUGAUACAGGAAAAGAUUAGGACUAGGGAAAAGUACAGGAAGAAGUUAGCCAAAAAAUUAAAGUAUAAAAAGCAGAUAGAUGAUCAGUUGGAACCUUCUCCUGCAAUGUACAACUCUGACAUGGAUAUUAGUGGAGCUAGUGGUUGAUGCUGGUUUGAUUCUUUCGAUGCUUGUACAUGUAACUACCUAAAACAAAGCAUCUAUGUUUAUUUAUGCUGGAGAAUCCCUUUUCUGGAACAUAUUUUUGUGAAGAAACAGCGUUUAUACUGUACCUCCAACCACCUACUCUAUCUCACCUUUGGUGGGCAGGAUUAGUCGUCUUUUGUAAAGUCUUAGGAAUCAUUAAUUGGUCUUUGUUUGGAAAUGAUUUAAAAGUUA